CCUCUGUUGUGACUCAUUUGAGUUGACCAUUUUAUUCUGUUAUCAUGAGCUCUUUUAGUCUGGACGAAGAGCUGAUUUGUGCAGUGUGUCGUGAUAUAUUUGUUGAACCGGUGACUUUACCCUGCGGUCAUAAUUACUGUGAGCAGUGUGUGAAUGAGCUGAAGAGAUCUUUGAGAGAGAGAGAAGAUGACGAAGAUGAAGACGAAGAGCGCGUCAUGACUCGCUAUUACACAUGCCCUCUGUGUCUGUCUCCGUGUGACUCCAGAGUGGAUCUGAAGAAAAACACGGUGCUCAACAACAUCAUUGAGAAAUACCAGAGUAAAAGAGACAUUAUGUGCAGUGUGUGUAAAGGUGAACAGAAACUGACUGCGGAGAAAAUGUGUGUGAACUGUGAAGAGUAUUACUGCACUUUACAUGUAAUGCCACAUCUGGAGAAUAACACACUACGACAGCAUGUGCUGGUGAAUCCAGUGGCCAACUCCAGUAGACUGUGCAAGGAACAUGGGAAAGAGCUGGAGUUAUUCUGCAGGACUGAUGGCACAGCUCUGUGUGUGUACUGUAUGUUACCAUCAGAGGCCAAACAUCUGCAGGGACACAAUGUGGUCAAACUCUCGGAUUCACUGGACUCUUUUAAGGAGGACUGCCGAGUUAAACUGGACAAUAUCAAAGCUAAUUUGUCUGAAGUUCAAGCUGGACUUUCUAAACUUGAGGAAACAUCAUCCACCACUAAGGAGGGUCUUGAGAAUAGGCAGCGAGAGUGUGCGGUGGUCUUGAGCAGGAUCAAAAUGUUCUUGGACUUUGAAGAGAAAGCCCAGCAGAAGCGUUUCUCGGUGGACUUGCUGCAAGAGGACCGGAGCAUGAGGCAGAGAGCAGAGAGACUGAACAGGUUGAGAAGUAGAUUACUGCAGGCACAAGAAGCUCUGAUUCAGGCCAAAAGCUUUCAUGACCCUUUGAUGGUACUGCAGACUAUAAAAAACACAGACUGGACUGAUUUAUUUGAUAAACAAGAUUGUGCGAAUCAGAUCUCCGAGGCAGUUGAUUGGAAUAAUGUGAAACCUACAGCUGCGUCAAAAGUCUCCCCAUUGUUCCAGUCCAUCCGUAAGACAUUUGCUGGAGAUGAUAUUGUGUUGAACUCCGUAUCAGCACACCACAGACUCAAGUUGAACCCGGCACGCAACACUGUGUGGCUGACAGAAGAUGGUGGGCCUUGUUCUGGAGAACUUUACUGUGUGAUGGGUGAAGCUUCAUUCUCCUGUGGUGUCCACCAUUGGGAGGUUGAUGUUUCUUCGGUCUACUCUUGGGCAGUUGGAGUGUCAUACGCUUGUCAGCAGGGCUCAGGUCUCGGUUGUGCUCUUGGCAGGAAUGAUCUGUCCUGGAGCUUGCACUACAACAGGAACCGCAGGCAGUUCUGUGCCCAGCAUGACUGGCUUCAGUUCAGCUUCUCAGAUUCUGUGACUGGCCUCCCCACACUAGUAGGUGUUUUUCUGGAUGUGGAUAUUGGUUUCCUAUCUUUCUAUGAUGCCGUGAGAAUGAAGCAUCUUUAUACGUUUUAUUGUAACCUCCAAGGUCCAGUGUAUCCAGCUUUCUGCCUGGGUGUGGAGAACAAAAUGGAGGAUUUUCAGCAGAUGAGGGUAUUAAACCCCAUGUCAGAUCGAAGACAGUAACUUAAACAUCUCAAAUUGACAGCAGUUCAAUUAUGGUCAUGUAAAGAUAUGCAGGUACUUUUAGAACAAAGUACUAUUGGACAUGGACAGUUCCCCAGGCUGAGAGGGUAAAAAUGACUUUACGGAACUUUCAGUAAGUUUAAAAACUCAUGUCAUUCUUGUUGCACUACAAAUUUAAUAAAGUUGGGUAAAAUUUAUCUUUCUCUCAUUUUUCACGUGUCUUCAGAGUAAGCUGUUUGGUUUCUUACAGUGAGUUUGUCUUUCUUACUCACUGUAAGUAUCUGUAUACAAAAUUAUCAUAGUUAACAGGUUUGAGCAAAUCUCUGGCUGCUUCUGGCUGCUUUUUUGUCGCCCAGUUACUGUUAAUAGGCUGCCAAUGAAAUCACGCUUGCAUGCAGAAGAAUGAAAUCCCUUCUUUAACCAUCUUUUCCACCCCUCUGUUAUGUGUUUUGUAAACUGAGCACUGUUAAUUUCUAUGAAGUAAAAUCCAUUAAUAAAAAAAGUUCACACACUCACUUGUUUAUUUAAUUUGUCUACUAACAAUGUCCAACAGUACACAUGGGUGUACAUGCAUCACAGGAUAUUUGCUAUUUGUCAUGUCAUUGUCAUCAGAUCAUCUCAAAUUCUGUAUUGUGUUUAAUAGAAUUCUGUGGUGGAAAUUACAAUGAUGUAAUGUAAUGAUGUACUUUUUAAAAUCUUUUUAAAUAAAAUGGCAGACUGCUUUGUAUUGCUAAGGCUAAAUUCAUACCUUUUAUAUGUCCUUAAUAUACACAUAUUUUCACACUGUGUAAUUUGGCGAAACGACAGCUGGAUUGGAAUGACAGCCAAUAAAAAAAACUGCU